AUGUCGCAAAGUCAUGAACGUGCCAGGAAGCCUGAGGCCGUGACCCAGAUCCCUACCAAAGCUGAGGAUGAAGUUCUCAGAGAGGCCGUGACGGACGGGUUCCUCGUCAAUGACUUUCUUCUCCCUUCACUCUUAUCUGAAUCACCCAAAAUAAAAACAACCGUUCAGCAGCUGUCCCCUGACUCCGAACCGGAGUCAGCUACAGGGGAGGCCCCGACGUCCGUGUUCUUCCAGAACACAGGUGACCCCUAUGCAACCACAACUCAGAAUGUUUCCCAUGCUCAGAGCUCUUCCACAGUGUCGUCAAAGGACAGCGAUGACACCAGUUCAGAUUCAUCUACCACCCAAAACCCUCAGUCUGGCUUUACCUCUUCAUCAGAGCCAAAAGAAGCCCAGUCAAGCGUCACCCCAGAUCACGUCUCGGUCUCUCAAACCUCUGACCCUGCCGUGUCCAGCUUUGACCUCCUGAGCACUCUGAGUUCCGAUUUAGAGUCUGAAAAUGUAGAGGUGCUAGGUCAGUACCCUGCUACGAGCUUUAGUGUGACCUCCAGCUCCAACACAGAAAGCAGCACUUCAUCAUUAACCUUCACGCCUUCUCGUAUCAGCCACAAGGCUCCACGACUGUUUGAAGAAAGUGAUGCAUCACAAUUGACAUCAACCGAAGAGACUAGCACUUCAUCAUCAACCUCCACGCCUGCUCUUAUCAGCCACAAGGCUCCACGACUGUUUGAGGAAACCGAGGGGUCAGGAUCAACAUCAACAGAAGAAACUAGCACUUCAUCAUCAACCUCCACGCCUGCUCUUGUCAGAUACAAGGCUCCACGACUGUUUGAGGAAACCGAGGGGUCAGGAUCAACAUCAACAGAAGAAACCAGCACUUCAUCAUCAACCUCCAUGCCUGCUCUUAUCAGACACAUAGCUCCACGAAUAUUCGUAGAAAAUGCUGGAAAAGCUUUACGAGAAGAAGAAACUUUCAAUCCUGAAUCGCAGCCGAACAAAGGACACAGUACACCAGGUUGGAUCAUCAUCCUUGCUUUUGUUGUUGGUGUCGCGGCACUGGUAAUGGUCUGCGUUGCCGUCGCUACCAGAAAAAAGUGGAAUGGACCACAACAGGUAUCCCAGGUAGAGACCAAAACUGUCUCCCCAGACCAGCAGAGGGAGCAAGAGAUGGAAACAUUCCUACACAAUGACAAGCCCAAGGAGAACGGAAAGGCAGCAGAGUACACAGUCAUCCCUCUGGAUGAGUUUCCAGAGAACUAUUGAUCACACUGAGGUUCAGAGACAGACCCUCUGGAGGCUUGAUACUCAUCACAGAAACACAAGACUGUGUUUGGAGCAGAUGAGUUUGAUCAGAGGAACGUAACUGCCAGGGCUGUUGAGCAAAACGUUUCUGUGGACUGUCACAGCUCUGAGCCCAUUCUGAACAAGACUCAUGGUCCGUUUUUUUACCUGCUGACUUUCAAAAACUCUUACCACACCUUCACUUUGCAGGUACUGCAAUACUUUGGUUUAUGUAUUUAUUUCCGUAUCAGCUCUGUCAUUAACUGGAAAAUACAAACUGGUUGGGUGAGAUGCACAA